AUGAUCACAUACCAGGGCCUGUUGGCAUUUGUGACUGAAUGCACCAGUACCGCUGGUUGUACAAAUUGGAAUGCUUUCACCGCUUUCAAAGCUGGAGAGGAGACCAGUGGUGAAUCCGGGUUAAGUCUUUCUGACCAAAAAUGUGUUGAGGGAUUUGGUACAAAUGAUUUUAACACUAUAUGUGUCUUCGUAUGUGGGCUAGGGUAUUGCCCCCCUGAAGCUUGCACUUGCGCUCAGAUGGGAACAGCACCAAAAGUACCAGCUAUCACUGGGUUCACCGGCUAUUUCGCAAAUGGAAUGAUUGAAUACCAGGGCUUAUGUGCUUUUGCCUGUCUUUAUGGAUUCUGCGGCUUCAAAAACAAUACUGUUUGUGUGGACUCUCCAACUACUCUGUAUAUUCCUAGUGUUUCUCCAUUCAAUCCUCCAGCAUGUACUGGAGGUAGUGGAGAAGGUGAUUUUUCUGAUCUGUGCAAUUGGUCCUGCCAAUAUGGAUAUUGCCCAAUAUCUUCAUGCACUUGCAACACACAAGGUGAUUUGGCUAUCCCUCCAACCCAAGUCGGCGAUGUAACAGCUAGUUUUCUGCCGGUCCCUGGUGUCAUGGAGUAUGAUGAUCUUUGUUCAUUUGCUUGCAGCCGUGGGCAUUGUCCCGAUGUUUGCGCUUCAGAUUUGGCCUGCACAUCGGGUUCGGGCUCUGGAAAUUAUAUCGGGCUGUGCAUUUACACUUGCCAGUACAAUUUCUGCCCCGAACCAUGCGAUUGUCUUGUUUAUGGUACUGAGGUCUCAGCUCCGCCUUUGGUGCCUGGAGUUACUGGAUUUGGCGCCCUUGACUUAGACUCCGCCAUCUACGAUCCUCUCUGCAACUUUACUUGCAGCAAUGGCUACUGCCCUAGUGGUGCCUGUUCAUACGAAGAGGACGCUGGUACAACUACAUCGCUUGAUUUUCCUUCAGAUGAUGACUUAGUUCCCUUUGAGUUAAGCACGAGCUACAGCCCUGGCGCUGGAUUCUUAUAUGAUACACCUGAGCCUUCAGACUACACCCUAAACGUCAACCUGAUUGGUGCUCCAAUAAUUUGGGUUGACGUGAAUUGUAGUUCAAUAUCGGGCGAGUAUGCUCCGGGAGCCAAUGGAGACACUCUUGGAUGCAUUUCUGCAGCAGUCUCGGUGAGUACUUCCAACAGCAUCGUCUUUUUUUUAACGAUUGCACAUUUCGAAUUGUGA